CUUGUUCCAUACCCUACACCAUUACUGACCGAUUAAUAGCGUCAGUAAUAUUAUUAACCUUUAUCUCAGGCCAUCAAUCUAGGUUUUUCACCGGACGAGGCUCUGCUGUAGCCUUUGUUCUUAAUUUUUCUCCUGCCGCGUUCAGUCAUUUGAUGGGACCAGCCUACCCUUUAGCAUGUCUUAUGAGCUUCGCGCAGCUGCUCAAGGAUGCAAAGGCCAGUUUGAGUUGCUCAUUGAGAUCAGUGAAGAGUUAGGUCUCGCAUGCGACAAGUCCGAUGAUACUUACAAUGUCAAUUGGAUUGAAGAGCAAUACGCCAGGUUCAAGAUAUGGGCGGCAAACAUCGGAGCUUUUGCUCAAGGUCACGCAUCGCUCGAUUACCGACUUCGUGACAACGAGCAAACGCAGAGGUUUAUGCUGGAAUUCCUUAUCACUCUGGCAGACUUCACAAAACGAGCUAUCGCGAGCUUGAGACCAGAAGGAUCAUCUGAUACGCUCUAUCGUAUCGAUAGCCUUACUGGUGACGAUGGAUCAAUUGGAGAUACAAGCUUCGAUGAUUCGACUUCUUCUGCAAUAUCAUCAUCAUUCCAAGGAACGGAGACGGAUUCAGUUCAAGAUGAGCUGAUCAUUGCGACUUCAGCAGAGAAUUCAUUACCAGAGAAGAGGUUACCAGGCAUAGAGAAAGCGAUCGAUCGGCUAUACCGGCUUUCCCUUCUGAUUCGCCAGCCGUCGAGAUCAUCUCAGAACGAAAAGGCCGAACAGUUCAUCAUGAGAGAUGAGGAAAACAACGUACUCAACGAUACGUUCGCAGCUUUUACUCUCCAGAUAGUGAAUCACUACUUCCCGCAUGCGCCUGAAUUCCUGCGCAACAAGUUAUCGCAUGGCAUUGUCACUCGUCGCCAACGAUUUCUAUACCGUCGACACCACCAGAGGAAAUUGUCUGUGGUGCAUCCAACGAAGGAAGGCACGCGGGAGGACUUGGUAUAUGACGCCAAAAAUCGAGAGACGGACACAACGGUACGCGCCUCUAGAUUAGCAGAUGAGCCGUCACUAUCGCCUACUCUGAUCCUAGAGCUUCACCGGUCAAAAACCUCCGAUCUAUCACAAACUUCUGCAUCCGCACUCCGAAAGCAUAAUCUGCCACUUGAUCGGGCACUGGAGGACGCAAAAUCAAAUCAGUCUACCGCUUUUACUGCCACACCUUCAUCGAGUGCACCAAUAGAGCUGCCACGCCCACCUAAGCCAGCUGCUGGCAGCAAGGAGUUUGAGUGUCCAUACUGUUGCCUCAUAUUACCAAUCAAGGAAUCGAAGGCUUCUCACUGGAGACGACAUGUCCUGGAAGACCUUGAGCCCUACACCUGUCUCUUCGAAGGAUGUCCAGAUGGCAAAAAGCUCUUCGAAAACAAAGCUACUUGGAUAGCCCAUCUGCAAGAGCAUAAUACCCGCUGGAGGUGCACAUCCAAGACCCAUUCGGCAUUGCGGUUUGAAAGUGAAGAUGCAUACUUCAAACACAUGCGGAGUCAACACUCCAAAUCAUUCACUGAGUCACAAUUACCUCUGCUAGCGAAAAAGAGCAAAGUUUCAACGCCUAUCCUCUUCCCGCAGUGCCCUCUGUGUUCGUACGUACCAAGCGAAAACGGAAUUAGUCAUUCGGCUGGUUUGAGUCAAGCGCAGAGAGACCGAACGUUAUCGGAUCGUAUCAUCAAACACCUUGCAGCUCAUCUAGAGUCCCUCGCCGUCAAAGCUUUGCCAUGGCAAGACGAGGCCGAAGAACAUUCAGAUGGCCCAUCACAAACGGGAAGAGCCGAAAACGUCACUGCACAGAGCGAGAACGGCUCCAGAAUCCUGGAAUCUAAUGGAGCGUCAAGUCUGGCGUUUCCUGAGGACAUUGACAGUACCAUCACACCUGAGAUGCCGACCAGGAGCGGAGAGACAACACCACUUCUUGACUCUUCGUACGAAGAAGAUUGGAGCUUCAUUGAACGACAACCAUACUUCGGGCAUGAUCGCGAUGAGACCCUGCAGCCUCUUUUACAGCGGCUUUUCCUUGAAGACUUCACCUCGAACGCAUUCUCUGGACCAACGCUCCCUACCUACCAGGUGCCUGUAUCCCCCGAUAGGAACUUCUACGGCCGGGACUAUGCGCUCAAUGCGAUGCAAAAAGCCAUAUGUGGCGUUGCUGAAGACGAAGCUGUGGACAACAAGCCUGUGAGCUGGCCAAGAUGUUAUGCAAUCUACGGUCCUGGUGGUAUGGGGAAAACUCAAAUUGCAGCAGAAUUUGUGGCCAAGCACAAAACCAAGUUCGAUGCAAUCCUAUGGGUUCAUGCAGAAGAUGCAGGAAAGAUAGCCCGGGACUACAAAGACUUGGCCAUUGGCUUAGGUUUGGUAGCAGCUGAAUCUCGAGAUGCGAUGGACUUGAACUACACAAGGGAUGUAUUGAAAGGGUGGCUGGUCAAUCCGGAGAAAGAUAGAUCACGCGAAAGCGGAAAGACUCAAGGAAAGGCUUCUUGGCUUCUAGUGUUUGAUGGUGUGGAGGACGGCGAGGUGUUGAAUGGCUUUUGGCCAUAUAACGGACCAGGUUCUGUACUCAUCACCAGUCGCAACCCGUACUCAUGGUCGGCCUCUCUAGAGUUAAAACCUUUCAGCAUAUCCGAAGCCACACAGUAUUUGUUCCACGUAACCGGCAAACAAUCCACUCCUGGGCCUGAGAUGGCAGCUGCAACUACCAUCGCCAAUCGUUUGGGCGGUCUGCCUCUCGCUCUCAGCCAAAUGGGCUCUAUCGUCGCUUCCAAGAACAUCUCAUUUGCGGACUUCCUCUACUCUUUCGAGGAUCAUGAAGGGUCACAGGCUUUCUUUGACUGGCAAACUCCAGACAAAUCGCGCUCGACCAGCAACUAUCAGUCAAACGUGGCAUCUGUAUGGGCCUUCGACCGCCUCGGGAAAGGCGCAGCACUCAUCAACAUUGUUUCUAUGCUGGACCCUGACGCAAUCCCAGAAUCCAUCUUCACUUCCCCAGUAAAGGAUGAUGACUCUGAGGUGGUGCGUUCUAUCAAAAAUAAUUACGUUGCCGCCCGCACCGAACUGCUGGCGCGAUCUCUCCUCAUCAGUAACAAAGAGAAAAGAAAGUUAUCAGUACACAGACUAGUGCAAGAUGUAGCACGAGCUAGAUUGCGUCAGCCUGAGAUGAGGAGAUACUUCCUUGCAUGUGUGGAAUUAAUCAACGACAGGUGGACUUUCCAAGAGCUCACCUGGAGACAUGGCAUCGCUCGCUGGGAGAACUGCGAAGAGUUAUUCCCCCACAUACAACGCCUGAAGACUCUCUUUCCUUUGAUCACGCCAUCUCCGGACUCAUUUGACGAUUACGAGUUUGCAAAGCUCCUCAUAGAUAGUGGUUGGUACCAACACGAACGUGGCCAGUCUCCAGAUGCGAUCUACUCCAACAACAUGGCCCAGUCAAUAUGCGAGUCCCUCAAGCUCCGCUUGCUGGAGCGUCCCGAACUCGCGCAUGGCAACACUGUGACUCUCUCGAUGCUGAACUAUUCGCUUACCGAGAUUGCACACAACAGAGGAUGCAUAGCUCUUGAGAUCAACGAGCCAACUGAUGCGUUGCAGUAUCAUACGAUGUUCAACGAAGAAAUGGUGAAAGAAAGCUUGAAGAGCAAUACUGAGGACAUGCGUCUCGCCAUCUCUUGGAACGAAUUAGGAAAUGCGUAUAUGCUCAACCGUGACUGGAAGAGAGGGGAAAACUGCUUCCUAGAGUCCAUCGCGGAAAUGCGCAAGUAUCGCAAGUUUACUGAAACCAUGAUUUCGCUACCUCUUGCUAACCUGGGUCUGGCAUACUGGCUUCAAGGAAACAAUGAGCUAGCGUCAAGAACACUCAAGAAGGGUCUGCGAGACCGCGAAACCGAAUUUGGCAAAGAAGACCGGGUAUCUUUCAUCACCGGCCGCUUUCUCCACGCCUUGGGGAACGUGGAAUCCAGUCUGGACUACCACCGCCGCGCACUCAUGCACUACAAGUCAACUCUUGGUAACCGCCAUCACCGUACGGCCGACGUCUUUGUCAAAGUCGCAGAGCAUCACAUAAAUCUUGGGAAUUAUGACAUGGCACUUGCUCUCCUCAACCAUGCUCUUGAGGCAUUCUCCAAUUCUCACACAUAUAUGCCCGAGAAAACCCGAGCGUGCUGGAUGCGGCAUAAAGCGUUGAAUGGAGUGGGAAAGAAAGAAGAGGCAGAAAAUGAGCUGGCGAACUGUUAUCAGGUUUACUCCAGGCUUCGGAGUAAGCGUGAAGGCUAUGGGCCAAAAUUCAAGGAGAAGCCGAGUGAGCUUGACGAUGACGACAUUGAUGAUCUCAUUGUAUUUUGGUCGAAGUGACGAUACGUACAUAUCAGGGAUUCGGUGU